AAUAGGCAUUAUGUAGACGAUUAUGUAGACUCAUUUCAAUGUUACAAAGCAAAUUAAGUUAAUACACAGCGCAGCUAAUUUUGAGCUUAGGCGUUUCGUGGGAAAUUCAAAAGAAGUAUUAACUGCGGUCGUCGAUGAGCAGAAGUCUGUGCGAGAAUCGGAAAUUAAAAACAUGUUUCACGGCGAAUCAGCAUCUGAGAAGAUUUUGGGAAUGUAUUAGGAUGCCAAAAAUGAUGAAUUUCAUUUUCAAUUAAAGUUUGCGAAUGCACCAAAUGCAGUGUUAACUGGUAAUCGACGACCAACAAAAGCCGAAGUUUAAAGUUUAAUGAUGUCGAUAUUUGAUCCGUAUGGUUUCUUGGGUAACGUAAUUUUGGCUUCGAAGAUUAUGAUGCAAGAACUAUACCGCCACAAUACUGGUUGGCAUGAACCUAUACCGGAGAAAAUAUUCGAUAACUGGUACAAAUGGUAUAGCGUAUUAAGCAAGGUGGAAGAGUUCAGAGCACCUAGGUGCUAUCAUCCAAAUUUCACUGACUUCGACUCGCAAAUCGAAUUACACAUUUUUGUAGAUGCAAGCGAACUUGCGUUCGCUGCAGUUGCAUAUUGGCGAAUACAAUACAAAACCAGUGUUACGGUAGUAUUUGCAUACGGUAAGUCAAGAUGCAGCCCAAUCAAGCCGUUGUCGAUACCAAGAUUGAAAUUGCAGUCCGCAGUCUUGGGAACGAGACUAAAAGAAUCGAUCGUCGCCAACCACGACACUCAGCCAAAAAAUGUUGUGUUUUGGACAGACUCAAAAACAGUCAUUCAAUGGUUGCGCUCUGAUGCAAGGCGUUACAAGCAAUAUGUAUCAAACCGAAUUUCUGAAAUCUUACAGUCGACCAAUCCUAAUCAAUGGAGGUGGGUGCCAGGUAAAUUGAACCCAGCUGAUGAAGGGACUAGGUUACAUACGUUUUCUCCCAGUAGCAAAUGGCUGAAUGGCCCACCAUUUCUGCGGUUGAGAGAGGAUGAAUGGCCGUUGAUGCCGGACGGAGUGUUAUCCAAAGAAGCGCAAGUGGAGAUGCGCACAAAAGAAUUGUACACUGUGCAAAACAAUGAAAACGUUAUUCCGUUCAACAAGUAUUCAAACUACUACCGCUUCUUAAAAAUAAUGUGUAGGGUUAAGCUCGCAAUUACGAAAUUCCGUUCCUUUAUUACUAAAGACAAAUUACCCUUACCACGCCAAAUAGAUGCUAACUUAAUGAAAAACACCGAAAAUUUUAUUUGUCGGAUCGUUCAAGAGACGGAGUUUAAAGUUGAGAUCGAUCUUCUUAAAGAAAACAUGCAGCUGAGUAAGUCGAGUACUUUGUGGAAGUUGACGCCUAUUCUAGACGAGAAUGGCAUUCUACGCUUGGGUGGGCGUCUGGACAACGCUAGUUGUGUGCCGACAUAUAUGAAGAGACCAAUAAUCCUCCCAAAAGAGCACGAUUUGACAAGAUUAAUUAUCCAGCACUAUCAUGAAAGUUUUCACCAUCAAAACCCAGAAGCGAUAGUAUGCGCUAUUCGUUUUAAAUUUUGCAUUCCGAACUUACGUCGUCUUGUACACUCGGCAAAAAAGAGAUGCCAAGUUUGCAAAAAUUUAAGCGCUGUUCCACAACCCCCACUAAUGGGGCAGUUGCCAAUUGGUAGGGUCACGCCAUACGUCCGUCCAUUUACGUAUACGGGAAUGGAUUACUUUGGGCCAGUCUUGGUAGCGGUAGGACGACGUCGAGAGAAACGUUGGGUCGCCGUGUUCACGUGCUUGACGAUAAGAGCGAUUCAUCUGGAAUUGGCAAAGGAUUUAUCGACGGAUGCGGUUAUACUUUGUUUGCGGAACUUCGUGAAUCGGCGAGGUGUCCCUGUGCGAAUAAGGAGUGACAGCGGCACAAAUUUUAUUGGCGCGAGCAAAGAACAAUGGUUGGAUAUUGAGCAGAACUUGCAGCAAGCAUGCCGACGGCGAAGUAUCGAAUGGGUGUUUAAUACGCCCUUACAUCCAUCAGCUGGUGGCGCUUGGGAGCGGAUGGUCCAAGCGGUAAAGAAAGUACUGGCAUUUACGUUAAAAGAGA